GGUAUGCAGCGACCAUUUCCCUUCAAGUCUCAAAGGUGGAAACACUUAAAAGGAUUACAAGCGUGAUUUGGUGGCCUUUCUGAAAGUUGGUGGCAAGAAGAAGAGAAACUGCAAGGCUACGGCAUGUUGGAUACAAUUCAGCCUCCCAGAGAGUUUGCACCUCCCGCUGGGCAGCCCCUCGGAGCAAAUCUCGGAGAUCUAGAGCGCUCUGCACCGAUAGUUUUGUAAGCAACUACGAGUGAUGAAACCUUCCAUAGCUGAGAUGCUUCACAGAGGGAGGAUGUUGUGGAUAAUUCUUCUAAGCACAAUUGCUCUAGGAUGGACUACCCCGAUUCCCCUGAUAGAGGACUCAGAGGAAAUAGAUGAGCCCUGUUUUGAUCCAUGCUACUGUGAAGUUAAAGAAAGCCUCUUUCAUAUACAUUGUGACAGUAAAGGAUUUACAAAUAUUAGUCAGAUUACUGAGUUCUGGUCAAGACCUUUUAAACUGUAUCUGCAAAGGAAUUCAAUGAGGAAAUUGUACACCAACAGUUUUCUUCAUUUGAACAACGCUGUGUCCAUUAACCUUGGGAACAAUGCAUUGCAGGACAUUCAAUCAGGAGCUUUCAAUGGUCUUAAGAUUUUAAAGAGGUUAUAUCUACAUGAAAACAAACUAGACAUCUUCAGAAAUGACACCUUCCUUGGCUUGGAAAGUCUGGAAUAUCUGCAGGCAGAUUACAAUGUCAUUAAACGUAUUGAGAGUGGGGCAUUUCGGAACCUAAGUAAAUUGAGGGUUCUGAUUCUAAAUGAUAAUCUCAUCCCCAUGCUUCCAACCAAUUUAUUUAAAGCUGUCUCCUUAACCCAUUUGGACCUACGUGGAAACAGGUUAAAGGUUCUUUUUUACCGAGGGAUGUUAGACCACAUUGGCAGAAGCCUGAUGGAGCUCCAGCUGGAAGAAAAUCCCUGGAACUGUACAUGUGAGAUAGUGCAACUGAAGAGUUGGCUGGAACGCAUUCCUUACACUGCCCUGGUGGGAGACAUCACCUGUGAGACCCCUUUCCACUUCCAUGGAAAGGACCUGCGAGAAAUCAGGAAGACGGAACUCUGUCCCCUGUUGUCCGACUCUGAGGUGGAGGCUAGUUUGGGGAUUCCCCACUUGUCAUCAAGCAAGGAGAACGCAUGGCCAACUAAGCCUUCCUCAAUGUUGUCUUCUGUCCAUUUUACUGCUUCUUCUGUUGAAUAUAAGUCCUCAAAUAAACAGCCUAAGCCCACCAAACAGCCCCGAACACCAAGGCCACCUUCCACAUCCCAAGCUUUGUACCCCGGUCCAAAUCAACCUCCUAUUGCUCCUUACCAGACCAGACCACCCAUUCCCAUUAUAUGUCCUACUGGGUGUACCUGUAAUUUACACAUCAAUGACCUUGGCUUGACUGUCAACUGCAAAGAGCGAGGAUUUAAUAACAUUUCUGAACUUCUUCCAAGGCCACUGAAUGCCAAGAAACUUUACCUGAGUAGCAAUCUGAUUCAGAAAAUAUACCGUUCUGAUUUUUGGAAUUUCUCCUCCUUGGAUCUCUUGCAUCUGGGGAACAAUCGUAUUUCUUAUGUCCAGGAUGGAGCCUUCAUCAACCUGCCCAACCUAAAGAGCCUCUUUCUCAAUGGCAACGAUAUCGAGAAGCUGACACCGGGCAUGUUCCGAGGCCUACAGAGUUUGCAUUACUUGUACUUUGAGUUCAAUGUCAUCCGAGAAAUCCAGCCUGCAGCCUUCAGCCUCAUGCCCAACUUGAAGCUGCUAUUCCUCAACAAUAACUUGCUGAGGACCCUGCCAACAGACGCGUUUGCAGGCACAUCCCUGGCCCGGCUUAACCUGAGGAAGAACUACUUCCUCUACCUUCCUGUGGCUGGUGUCCUAGAACACUUGAAUGCCAUUGUCCAGAUAGAUCUCAAUGAGAAUCCUUGGGACUGUACCUGUGAUCUGGUCCCCUUCAAACAGUGGAUUGAAACCAUCAGCUCAGUCAGUGUAGUGGGUGAUGUGCUUUGCAGGAGCCCUGAGAACCUCACCCAUCGUGAUGUACGCACGAUUGAGCUGGAAGUUCUCUGCCCAGAGAUGCUGCACAUCCCACCAGCUGGAGCAUCCCCAGCCCAGUCUGGAGAUUCUCACCUUGCUGGGGGGCCAACGAGUGCAUCACCUUAUGAGUUCUCGCCCCCUGGGGGCCCCGUGCCACUUUCUGUGUUGAUUCUCAGCCUGCUGGUUCUUUUUUUUUCUGCAGUCUUUGUUGCUGCAGGCCUCUUUGCCUAUGUGCUCCGACGGCGCCGGAAGAAGCUGCCCUUUAGAAGCAAGAGGCAAGAAGGUGUGGACCUUACUGGCAUCCAGAUGCAAUGCCACCGGCUUUUUGAGGAUGGUGGAGGUGGUGGAGGUGGAAGUGGAGGUGGGGGCAGACCCCCUCUUUCCUCCCCAGAGAAGGCUCCUCCUGUGGGCCAUGUAUAUGAGUACAUCCCCCACCCAGUUACCCAGAUGUGCAACAACCCCAUCUAUAAGCCUCGAGAGGAGGAGGAGGCGGCUGUUUCAUCAGUCCAGGAGGCAGGGAAUGCAGAACGAGGGGGUUCUGGGACACAACCACCAGGAAUAGGUGAGGUUCUCUUAGGAAGUGAGCAGUUUGCUGAGACACCCAAGGAGAACCACAGCAACUACCGGACCUUGCUGGAGAAAGAAAAGGAGUGGGCCCUGGCAGUGUCCAGCUCCCAGCUCAACACCAUAGUGACGGUGAAUCACCAUCACCCUCACCCUCACCAUCCAGCAGUUGGUGGGGUUUCAGGGGUAGUUGCAGGAACCGGGGGAGACUUGGCUGGGUUCCGCCACCAUGAGAAGAAUGGUGGGGUGGUGCUGUUUCCUCCUGGGGGAGGCUGUAGUGGUGGCAGUAUGCUACUAGACCGAGAGAGGCCACAACCAGCCCCCUGCACAGUGGGAUUCGUGGAUUGUCUCUACGGCACAGUGCCCAAAUUAAAGGAACUGCACGUCCACCCUCCUGGCAUGCAAUACCCAGACUUACAGCAGGAUGCCAGGCUGAAAGAAACCCUUCUCUUCUCGGCUGGAAAGGGCUUCAUAGACCACCAAACCCAAAAAAGUGAUUACCUCGAGUUAAGGGCCAAACUUCAAACCAAGCCGGAUUACCUCGAAGUCCUGGAGAAGACAACAUAUAGGUUCUAACAGUAAAAGAAAAAUAAAUUAGUGCUUUUUUUUUU